GGUGGAGGGAGACAUAUUCAGGAUAGGGAUGCACCUUGAGGACAUAAAGGAGAUGUUAGAUAAAAAUAUGUGUGAGCAGAUUUCUCCACCUCAUUCGUCCUCCACUCCCACACCCAUGACAGAGAUGCUGCAUGUGAGGCCCACUCCUCUCUACAUGCCCACACCCUCACCUUCACCAUCCAUGCAUGAGGGGUCAAGUGUAGGUUUUUCCAAUGUGAGCUAUCAGAUGGGGAAACAAAAAGAAGAAGAGGAAGUGGAGGCAGCCAGUGAGGUUUGUGGAGAUGGUGGACUGGAGCAAAGCAGUGAGGUUCUAACAGUGGACUCUUUCAUGAGAAAUAAUGGAUGUAACAGUUGCUCUUCAUGGAGCCCACAGGGCUCUCAAGAGGACGUGGACAUCCAGACAGCUAAGGAUGAGGAGGGGGAUGAAGAGGAGAGGAGAUCUGUCUUAUCAGUGGGGAGAGAUCAUGGUAACAUCUUAGCUUACCUGAGUGAAUCCAGUACAAACUCAAGACAGAGGGACUGGACACCUGAAAGUUAUAGUUGUGGCAGUUGUGGCACCAGUGAUAGUGUCUUGAACCAAGAGGAUGAAUGUGAACUGGGUGAUUGUGUGAGUCCAGCUGUGGAGGUCUCCUGUUCCUCUGCUGCACCCAGAGGCUCAGACACCCACUGCCUCCCAGGGUGUCCUCUCACCACCUCAUCUAUAUCACAGCGGAUUGUCAGCCCAGAAACAGACAGUGGGUUUGGGAGCUCUUAUUUGAAUCAAUCAGCCUCUGGGUUAUUUCAACCAAAUCUGCUUACAGAAAGUGUCCAGUCCCAUAAUGAUGGUUUAAGUAGCUCAGACAGUGAGGGCUCCUGCUCCAACCUGCAAACCACUGUCCGUUCAGCUUGUCUGACCACUCAGCGGUGGGCCAGCUCCCACCCAUCUGUUCAGACACAGUCCUGUGGUGCAGCAGCAUCAGUGGAGUGGUGGGUGGAGAGCACCACUAAGGAGCCUUCAGUCAGGCUACAGGGAUCUGAUUCAAGUCACCGUGCGCAGCUCCAUCAUUGUGUAUCUGCACCUGUACUCAGCACCACCAUGGAUACAGAAGAGAGAGGCAGCCAACUGUACUCCUGCUCUUGUAACAGUGAGGCUAUCCUGGCCUUGCAGUCAGAGGUGUCCAAGCUGAAGAAGGACCUGGAGGAGGGCUUAAUCCAGCUGCCUCACCUAGCACAGAAGAUGGACUAUCUCACCUCCAAAUACAGACAGGAACGUCAGGAACACCGGUCUAAAACUAGAACCAGGACACACCAAAGACCAGCCUCUACCAGUGUGUGGAAGCCAACAAGCAGCAGAUCAAAUGUGAGUGAUUCGAUUGCUAGCCCAGCAAAAAUAGAGGACUGGAUUUCUUCAGAUGUGGACCUCAGCAAGAGUAAAGCAGCUGUCCUGGAGGGUUUUUACUCCAAAGAGAGGUGGUCUCUCCACUCCUCUCCAUCUCUCCAGAAGCCACUCCUGCAGGUCAGCUAUGGCUCCUCCAGCAGCCUUCCAGCCAGCUAUAAAGUGAGGGAGCCGCCAUUGCAGUCCAUUACCCACAGCAGGAAACGAUCUACCCAGUCAGACACAGCGCUCCUGCCCAGCAAUGUGUACUUCCAGUGGACACUGUCCCCUGACUCAGGACACUCAAAGACUGGCACCGGGACAGGCACACGCAGAGGGAGCAAGGAGGAUGACAUGAACAGAACUCUGGACCAGGCUAUUGACAUGGCCCGCAGCAUCAAGAGGACCACUGACCGGAUGGCCAGGAGGCUGUCAGCUGACCUGGCUAAAGCUCAUCUGUACAGGAAACUGCACAACACACAGCCAGUAGGGGGCAGGAAACACCAUGCAUUGUAACACCCAAAAUAGGGGCCAGCUAAUUAUCAGUCACAAGUGAAGGGAAUGUCUGAUGUUGAGUUAUUUAAGCACCUGUUUGUGCUACUGCCUUUGUACAUAGUUGUAUAUUUAUAAUAAACAGAAAAAAGCCUGAAAUCACUUGAAUCACACUCAAAAUGAAACAGGUGAAUUUCUAACCUUACCUGUUUUAUUGUAAGCUUUUUAAAAAAAAAUUUAAACAAGAUUAAUAUAUUUGUUUGUGGAAAGUAUUUUGCUUAUAUUUACAUAUGAUUUUAAGUCUAAGUUACUUAAUUCUUUGAAAAAAAAUUGCCCAGCAUCUCAAUUUUAUCUUUACCAGUGUGUUAAAUAUAUCCAGAACAAAUGCUUUAUACCCAUUAGAAAGCAGACUGACUUUCUGAUGUAACAUGUUUGAUAGGGUGAAUACUACAUCAGUAUAGUUUGAUAUAAUGCUCAGACGUUUAUCAGUAAUGUACAGUACUUAUUACUAAAAAGUGAAGGGCAUUGUCACAGAAGGAAUGCAUUUUUUUUACAAUGUUUGUGUCAGACAAUGUGUCAUCUAAUCCUUCUGUUUUCUUAUUUUAUUUUACCUGAUCCUCAACUAUUUUCUAUCUAAUAUCAAGCAGCCACAGGGUAAACAGAUCAUGUGAAAUCACAUUAAAUCUACAGUUAGUCAGACUGGUAAUAUUGUGUUUCAGGAAAAUCCCUUUAUGUAUGCCUUUUAGUUCAAAUGAGUAUCAACUUUUGUGCUUUUAGCCAAUAUGCUCAUUUUACACUUCUGAUGUCCCUGUUGGCUUUUGGGUGAUUGCGACACAGUGUCUUCUUACUGAGUUUUUGUUUAUGACCCUGUUCAUGUCCGUCAUAGCUUGUUGCUGCAUUCAGUUUUUGUUGUGGAGUAUCAAAUUUCUCUGUUGCUCUAAGGAGGUAUCAGGAAAGAAGAUGUUUCCAGAAAACAUUUCUGAACUGUCCCCUCAGAUUGUUCAAAGAGCAGGUUCUCGGUGUUCACUCACCUGUAGGCAUCAACACAGCAGAUGAGUGCAGUUUCUCACACAUUUACUGUAAUCACAAGUACAGAAUCACCUCCACAUAUGAGGCCAUAAAAAUAAAAACAACACCGGGUGACUGUCUGGAAUUUAACAUUUCAAUGACUCAUGACUUGUGAUUAAUACCAGUUUUAGUUUUAACUGAUGUAGAAUAAUCCCACUACUGAAGAAUUUAAUCUCAAAUUUAUUUCCUUUGUAGUAAAGAUGUUGAGCAGUGUCUGUGAAAUGAUGUUUUUGUUAGUCAUUAUUGUGUAACUGUAAUGUGCACCAAAGAAAUGUUCUUUUAGUUGUUUCUCAAUGAAAGCACAUACUGGAAUGAUGUGAAACAGAAGCCUUAAUGUCCCUGAAGGGUGGGGGUGGGGGCCUACUCACAUCGUAGGGACACAAGUGUGUUUGCACAGUCGCAUUGACAUAAAUGAUUACAUCUUAGAGUGAUGACUGGCAAGUAGUCGUUAUUAUAUAAUUGAAUAACAAUAAUAUAGCUCAUCACUAUUCAGUCCACUGCAGCAUUUCCAAACAGUAAUUCUAUUGUCAUUCUACCAUCAUUUACUCUGAGUAUAUGGUUUACGUACAGUAUCUACCAGACCUUAUCUGAGGCAAGGGUCAAAGGAGAAAUGAUAUUGCAUAUUGAUCACACUGUAAAGCACAAACUUGUGAUUCUUUGCUUGAUAGCUAAAUAAAAUUAACUCAACUUACAACGUUGUAAAUAAGGAACCCAGCAUCUUGUUUUGGCACUGCCUCAACUAUUUCCUUUUUGUGGUUCUCCCCAAAGUUUCUUAAAUUUCUCUCUUAAAAAGGUCUAAAUGAGAGGUUUUGUUUUUCCACAAUACAGGGAUAUCACCCUUCUAUGUGAAGUUGACAUAUGGUGUGUGCAGCCUUUUCUUCUAAAUAUCUUCAGGGGAAAAGAUAUAGUGCUUCACAUUUGUUUUACAAGAGUUUGUUCAAAGCUGGUCCUUAGGGAUCUCCCCAGCCCAUCUUCAUUAUACACACCUGAUGCAAAUACUGGCCUACUGGGAGUUACACAAGAUAUUAUUCUAACCUACCAGGCAGCAGCAUGGAUUUUAAAAACUUUGUUACUUUACUUGAAACAAUUUACUCAUACAGUGCA